AUGUUUCAAAUUACAAGAAUGUUAUUCAGUGGUUUGGUUCAUAAACCAAUCAAACAAACUCAUACUUGGAGAAUGUCACAUAAAAAGAGAAAGAAUCACUUAAAAGAGAUUGAAGGCUUUUUAAGAAAAUAUAAUACUUGUUUUUCAAAGAAACUUCCAAAACCAAGAGAUUGGACUGAAGCAGAUGUACCAGUUCAAUUAUAUAAAUUAGAUCACAGCUCUCUCUUAAUGAAAUAUGGUUGGGGUAACAAAUUAUACAAAAAUCUCCAAAAAUACAAAUAA